AUGGAGUUUUCUGGCACGUUGAUUUUAAUAGGGGCUGUCUUGACGUUACUGUAGCUUUUCAGCAUCAAGAGUCAUAGGCAACUUGCCUUACCUCUCGGACCCUCUGCCCUGCCUGUCAUCGGAAAUGUGCUACAAAUGGACAAAAGGGCCCCAUUCAAAACUAUGCUAAAGCUCAGUGAUAAAUAUGGCUCGGUGAUUACGAUGUAUCUGGGCCCCCAACGCACAGUGAUUUUGUUGGGGUAUGAUGCUGUGAAGGAGGCGCUGCUGGACCAAGCAGAUGACUUCUCUGGCCGAGGACCUAUCCCGUUACUUUUCAAAGCUUCCAAAGGCUACGGUUUGGGUGUUAGCAAUGGAGAGUGUUGGCAACAGCUACGAAGGUUUAUCCUGACAACUUUGAGAGACUUUGGGAUGGGAUGUAAAGGAAUGGAAGAGUGGAUCCAGGAGGAGAGCAGUCAUCUGGUGGGCUGCAUUAAAAAGAUGAAUGCUAAACCCUUUGAUCCAACCUUCUUCCUGAGCUGCACCGUGUCCAAUGUUAUCUGCUGUUUGGUGUUUGGCCAGCGCUUCAGUUAUGAUGAUAAACACUUCCUAUACCUUCUGCAGAUCAUCUCAGACACCUUGAAAUUUGGCAGCAGUUCUCAGGGCCAGCUCUAUAAUAUCUUCCCACGGUUGAUGGAGUGGUUGCCCGGUUCACAUCACAAUGUGUUUGCCAAACUUGAGGAGAUGAGAGCAUUUAUUAUGAAUAAAAUCCAAGAACGUCAGGACACACUGGACGCAAGUUCACCCAGAGAUUACAUUGACUGCUUCCUCCUAAGACUCAAUAAGCACAUUCCUACAAGCCAGUUCCACUAUGACAACUUGGUGUCAACAGUGUUGAAUCUUUAUCUGGCAGGAACUGAAACCACCAGUUCAACUAUCAGAUAUGCAUUAAAUGUUCUGAUCAAAUACCCCCAAAUACAAGAGACCAUUCAGCAGGAAAUUGACACUGUAGUUGGACAGCGUUGCCCUUGUAUGGAAGACAAGAAGUCCCUUCCAUAUACAGACGCAGUCCUCCAUGAAAUUCAACGUUUUCUAGAUAUUAUCCCCUUGAGCAUCCCUCACUAUGCACUACAUGACAUUUCUUUCAGGGGUUACACAAUUCCCAAGGAUACACUAAUUAUUCCCUUGUUGCACUCUGUGCUAAAAGAUGAAAAACGGUGGGCAACUCCACGGUCUUUUAACCCCCAGCACUUUCUGGACAACAAUGGGAACUUUAAGAAAAACCCUGCAUUUCUGCCCUUCUCUGCAGGAAAGAGAUCUUGCAUUGGAGAGUCUCUUGCUUGCAUGGAGAUUUUCCUCUUCCUGGUGUCACUGCUGCAACAUUUCACUUUCUCUUGCCCUGGCGGGCCUGACAGCAUAGACCUCAGCCCUGAGUACAGUGGCUUUGCCAAUUUGCCUCGCAGAUACACAAUUAUUGCAACACCCCGUUAGUAAUGCUGAUUUAAACUAUAGUCUGGGUUUUCAAUCUUCUAAACUUUUAAGACUGAUAUCACUAGCUGUUACGAUCAAUUUUCAUGCCCUGUGCUUCAGUGUGUUUUUCUGUCUAUGUAAAUUCUAUCAUCUUGUUUACAGCAUAUCCAAUGUUGUUCGGUGUGGUAUAUUUUCUUU